GCUGCAGCAACAGCGUCUCAACCGGGAUGUGCACCAACCCGGGAGAGCGAGAUCAAAGGGAUUUGAAACAGGCUGAGGACUGGCGGGGGGAGGGGGCCAGCCAGCCUGUGGAAUCCUCCUGGAGAGGCGGAGGGUCCGGCUUCCACCGUGACUUCGGCGGCCUGGUUGGGUUUUUUAUUAUUAUUUUCAAAUUCCCGAAUCCAGCUUGAGCGAGAGAGCGAGCGAUCUCCGUAGACUGCGACUCGCUGGCUCUCGCUCCGAGAUGAUGCAGAGCGCAGCGGUCUCCGCGGAGGGGGCCGUCAAGGGGCUCCCGGAGAUGCUCGGUGUGCCGAUGCAACAGAUCCCCCAGUGCGCCGGCUGCAACCAGCACAUCCUGGACAAGUUCAUCCUGAAGGUCCUGGACAGACACUGGCACAGCUCCUGCCUCAAGUGUGCAGACUGCCAGAUGCAGCUGGCUGACAGGUGCUUCUCCAGGGCCGGGAGUGUCUACUGCAAGGAGGACUUCUUCAAGCGCUUCGGCACAAAAUGCACGGCCUGCCAGCAGGGCAUCCCCCCCACCCAGGUGGUGCGCAAGGCGCAGGACUUCGUCUACCACCUGCACUGCUUCGCCUGCAUCAUCUGUAACCGGCAGCUGGCCACGGGGGACGAGUUCUACCUCAUGGAGGACGGGCGGCUGGUGUGCAAGGAGGACUACGAGACGGCCAAACAGAACGAUGACUCGGAGGCCGGGGCUAAGCGGCCCCGGACCACCAUCACGGCGAAGCAGCUGGAGACCUUGAAGAAUGCCUACAAGAACUCCCCCAAGCCCGCCCGGCACGUGCGGGAGCAGCUGUCCUCGGAGACGGGCCUGGACAUGAGGGUUGUGCAGGUCUGGUUCCAGAACCGAAGGGCCAAGGAGAAGCGCCUGAAGAAGGACGCGGGGCGGCACCGCUGGGGCCAGUUCUACAAGAGCGUCAAGAGGAGCCGGGGAGGCAGCAAGCAGGAGAAGGAGAGCUCUGCGGAGGACUGUGGGGUUAGUGACAGUGAGCUGAGCUUCCGAGAGGAUCAGAUUCUCUCAGAACUCGGCCACGCCAACAGGAUGUACGGCAACGUGGGGGACGUCGCAGGGGGACAGUUAAUGAACGGGAGCUUCUCCAUGGACGGGACAGGACAGUCCUAUCAGGACCUGAGGGACGGGAGCCCCUACGGGGUCCCCCAGUCCCCGUCCUCCAUCUCGUCCCUGCCGUCCCACGCGCCUUUGCUCAACGGGCUGGAUUACACGGUGGACAGCAGUCUGGGCAUCAUCGCGCACGCAGGGCAGGGCGUGAGCCAGACGCUGAGAGCCAUGGCCGGGGGACCCACCUCUGACAUCUCCACGGGCAGCAGUGUAGGCUACCCCGACUUUCCCACGAGCCCGGCCUCUUGGCUCGAUGAGAUGGAUCAUCCUCCUUUUUAAACAUCUGUCCCCCCACCCUCCCUGUCCUCCUGGCUUGAGACAGUAUCUUCGAGGAUCAAGAGAGACUUGCCUUUUUAGGAUCAGAAGUGCGCCAAGUAGAAUUUCCAUUAUUUUCAAUGGAAGUGCUCCGCUGCCCCCUCGGAGGGCACCGCACUGGGGCGCCCUCUGCCGGGGACUUGGUGGGGGGGGCGGCCUCCUCUCAGAACACAGCACAGGGGGCAGAGCCUAGAGCGCUGGGGUGCUGGCUUGUUGGCCCCUCCCCCGCCCUGCUUACAAGCUUUGGCUGCUCAGUGCUUGGUGGCCGAGGUGGCCGCGCGAGGCCACCCUGGCCUACGGGAACUCUGCUCCAGCCGGUGUGUCUCCCGAGAUGCCCCGCCCCCAACCAGGGCUCUCGCCCGACCCGAGGUUCCUGCGGUGGAGACAGCACAUCCCUUCAGCAUAAGAAAAAUGAUUUCCAGAAUAAACACAGUCACUCAUUAAAGGUCCGUGGAACCUUUGCUGGGCCGCGGUUUGAUACGGAAACGUGCCCCGUCCUUGUUCUCCUGCUGUGAAAAAAACAGGACGUCCUCCUUCUCCAGAAGUACCAGCCAGAGAAUAUUUGUCAGUUGUGGCCUGUGAGGAGGCCCGCGCAAACCUCGCGGUCCGCCCCCCCGACGGCAAGAAGUGGUUUCCAUGGCAGGCGACUCCGAGGCUGGCGCGGAGCGGCCCUGCACCGUCCCAGCGGCCACCCGACGAGUCCCUCGGAGCACGAUGUGCCUUUUUAAUUUGCUCACGUCAUUUGUUCCGCUAGACAGGUUAUGGGUUACAAAACGGUCGAAGCAAAAAUGCGGAGAGAACAGAAUGACAAUCAGUGGCCCUGUGUGCGGACCGGUUUGUCGUCCCAGCGCGCAGUCCGUGAGGCCAGAUCGGCAGAGGCCGGGCUGCAGAGCCCCCUCCUGCAGGGUGCGAGCACGCGGAGCGUUGGUUUGUUUGGAGGGAGUAGGUUCCGAGGAGUUUGCAAGCCCCGCCCCCCACCCCCAUGCAGCGGGCCCUCCUGGCCCUUUAAAAACAAGAGCUCUCUCUCUGCUGUGCUAGCAGACUCAGUUGGACGACAGUCUUGGCCUCUUCCUAGCACUAGCGAUGCUUUUUGGCCCAUUUCGGUUGGGAGGAAUCGUGUUGGGAGCAGCCCUAAAAUUGUGUGGUGGGUUCCAAGCGGUCCUCGGCCGCGUCUGUCUGGGUUUCUGGGCUGCUGGCUGGCCAGCCGGCCGGCCGCGCGCCAGUUCCUGCGGCACUGCAGCCCUGCAGCCCUGCACUUGCUCAGGAAGGGGAGCUCUCCGGCCAGAGGCAGUGCCCCCUCACGGCUUGCGGGUUUGCAAUAGCACAUCGCCUGGCCCGAGGCGAGAGCAAGGCCCACCCCCGCUUUGUGAGCUGCCAGCCCUUCCCAGACUGCCCUUCGGUAGGAAACAGCGUCGUGAGUGGUGCCGCCGCCCCCACGUAUGCACCACCCCUCGGUCCGGUCCGGCAGGGGUUCCCCAUGGGCACAGCGGGCAUUCACUAGGAAUCGGUGGGCUCCUCCCGGCCUCCUGUGUUCUUACCCAAGACCCGCAGUGGAGGGAAGGGUAAGAAGGCGUUGUCUUUCUUCCAUGUGAAGUGAUGGGGUCCAAGAUGCUAAGGAUCCUUUCUUCCCUACUUGUCACCUUUUGGGGACCACAAGGAUUCCAGUGUGCGCCAGGGAGGCUCAAGGGAGAAAUAAGCACUUCCUCUUUGGCCGCCACGUUUUCUGUAAACGCCUUCCCAGGACGAAACCACGGUCAGUUAGGCUUCUUUAUAAUAUAUGGUCCGUACACUCCUGGGCUCAGCCUUCGGGCCACCUUUUCUUUUCGUAGUGGACCCUCACUUUUGGAUGCACCGCGAUUGUGAGUUUUGCUUAGGCAGUCUGCAAAUGCAGGUGCUUGUUUUUUUCCGAGGCUCCGGGAGUAGCCUCCAGGGUGGGCAGAGCCCAGACAGUUCCCAGUAUGGCGAACGGUGGGGGGCGGCAGAGACCAUGAGCAAGGUCACGAGGCCCGUGAAGGAAAGGCACGUGCUGCAGUCUUUUCGGGGGACAGAUUCUCGAACGCACAGUUCUUAGUAGGCUGCUCGCAGUGCGCAGGAGAAAGACUGUGCUGGGCACUGACUGGUCAGGACUGUCCCCCUAUCCCCAGACCACUGUCGCGGCUCCACUGCCUGGCGUAGGGGCUCCUGGGAGCUCAGAGGCCCUGCCUGAGGGGUGAGCGUAGUGUGGGGAGAGUGGACUCUCUGAAGGAGCGCGCCCCUCCCCCCAGGGGUAGCACUGUGUUUUAAGAUAAGUUGACCAGUUUUUGUUUAGUAUGGGGGUUACUCCUGCUCACGCCAUAGUCCAUGGUUGGGGAGAGUAGGAGGCCUUCCUCCUCCAUAUUAGUCACAGAACGCGGUCGGCUGAGGACUCCGUGAGCAGUGCAGCUGGCGGUGGUGGGAGCUGCUUUGGUUUCCGUGGGGCUGGCUGGCUGUAGGAACUCUCAGAGCACUGGCCACCAAGCUGGGGCAGCUGAGGUCCCCAGAGCCACCUCCCCAGGUAGCGGCAGACACCAGUGCCCCACGCAGAAGCACAGCUGUGACAGACCUCAGGUUGUGGGUUUAGCAUUAUGGACCAGCCAGUGCCACCAAUGAGCCACCACGUGCCAGACUGUUCCUUUGGCCCUUUUGUGGCUCAGGGACAGAGAGCACAGGACACUACUUGUGUGGUCCCCUCCAGGCCCUCACCCACUGCCCAGCGGCCUCUGACUGAGCUAGAAGGUGCUACUUGGGAGCGGUGGCCCCCCUUGCUAAAAUGACAUGGAUACAUUUUAAGAAUGAAAUGAGACUUCCUGGAGCAAUUUAUAGCAUUCCGGCCUGUCUUUGGCUCCAGGAGAGCAGUUAACUAGCAACAUCUGUCUGCAGCACCCAGCUGACAGACCUUCGGGUAGGGGUUUCUGAAUCCAGGAGCAAAUUAACAAUUAAACAACACCACCCCAGUCUCCAGUAGUAGCUGGUGUGAGCAAAGAUGGGACCCAUGGGGCUAUGGGAGAAUCUAGAUGCCCUAAAAAGUAACAAACCCCAGAAGAAGCCCCCAGUGCAGGGGCGGAGCUGGCCCACCGGGAAAAUCCCAUGGUUGGGAAGACCGGUGUGGCCCUUCCAGGGACUCGCUGUGCAACCGGAGGCCAGCUCCUUUCUGUCUGCGCCUUCUCUUUCUGCCCUCGUCGGAUAACUGUGACCAUAAUGCAGAGUGAAAACCAGCCGCCACACUGACACCAUGUUCCUGCCACCGAACACAGUGAAAUGCCAGGGAAAGAGGACACAACAAAGACAUCAGAAAAGCAUUUAGCGGGGUCUCUAAAAGCUGGAUUUUGUUUGGCCAACAUAAAAUAUGGAAUCUACUCAGAUCAUGGGAGGCCGUUUGAUCUUCCUAAUUACGUUCCGUUUGCAAGAAUUGUACGUAAUUGGAGAACAAAAGACGAGGUCACCUCCGAAGCUCAGGCCGGUUCUCUUGCAGUAACUGCGUCCCUGCAGGAGGGGGUGGAAGGCUGAGCAAGAGCAAGAGCAAGAGCAAGAGCUGCGUUCUGGGCGGCGGUGCCUUCUCGCAGCCAUGCUCCCUCCCGACCCCCUCCCACACACCACCACUGACAACUUGGUUAUAACCAUGGAAAUCAUGACCAUACCUCCUCGGCCAGCAGGGUCUGGAAGGACCGAGGAGGCUCAUUUUUAAACAUUGCACUUUAAAAAUUGGAAACCGUGAGAUGAAGACAAAUUCAAUUAAGCGGAAAUGAGUUUUGUUUUAUUGCCUGCUGCUGAGGGCUCUGGGCACGCUGGACGCGAACUAAAAAGCACACCGCUGGCUGGCUGUCUCUUGGAUUGGUCAGUUGGCCCUUUUUCUUGCUGUCGUUGCUCCAACCGCUCUCCCACAGCGACAGGAGCCAAAAAAAAAAAAAGAGAGAAAGCCCAGCAAAGUCAUCCCACCCACACUCUGCUUGGUAGGCCCCCGAAAGCACAGUUUCAUGCUGCUAGCUCUGGUGAGGAGAAGCUGCAGGUCUGGAGGUAUAUGCCGAGCGUUCCUUUGCUUAGGGGGGCGAGCCCAGGUGGACGGAGAAGAACGGCCCACCGUUCUCUGCUGCCCGCCGGGAGCUGAGAGUCCCUUGUGCUCCCCGACUCGAGGACUGUGUUCAAGCCAGACGGGCGGCUUCAGGGCUGCAGGGUCCCACCCGCUGCCCUGAACUUGCACUCAGACCUCAAAGCCCCAAGCCCCCUAAGCUCUGGAUUGUUGCCCUCACCCUUCGCAGUGUAAAUUUUGUACAGUGAAAAGAAAUGACGCCUCAUUUGCUAGGGAAAAAAAGAAAGAAAAGAAAAAAAAAGACCCCCCCCCGCCCUUAUUUAUUGCCAUGUGACUUUGGAACAGAGAAGCCGGUGCGUUUGUUUGUAUCAUAUGCCUCCUGUGUGCUGGCAUGAGAUGUGUAUGGUAACACGAUGUCAAAUAAACACGGACGUUCUUUAGA